CUGCACAGGUGGAGCUGAGCUCCUCCAGGGCGAUGGAGGGAGGGUCAUCCCCUCCCUGCAGCUCCUUCACAAGCUCGUGGAACUGAGAAAAUGCCCCCGGGCGUGAACGAAACUCUUUGACGUCACGAGCGCCCAUUAAGAGUUUAUGGGCCGAGAAGCGGAGCAAAGGGAACCUCGAGGAGGGCUGACCGCAGCCCGGUGUUCCGGUGUCUCCUCCUGUCCCGCUGCUGCGGGUGUCCCACGGUGCACGCAGGACGUGGGAGGUGCCCGGGGCCGCCUCUCUCUUAAAUCCCGGCGCUGCGCCGGGCGGGCAGGGUGCUGGCAGCAUGAGGGCGGGCGGUUGGCUCCUGCUCGGGCUGCUGGCCCUCGGCGCCCCGCUGCACGCCGCGCCCGCUGCAGGAAGGUGUAGCCCAGGGCUGCACGGAGCAGCAACCAUCCUCCCCGUGACCCAGCCACCGGUGGCGGUGCCAGCAGACACCCGGUGCUGGCAGCAGGACGGCACCCAGAGCCCAUCUGUGCAGCAGCAGCCGGGGGCAGAGCAGGGCAGUGCAGAGCAGCACCUGCAUGAGGAGCGGCCGGCGGUGAGACCUGAGCCUGAGAGUGGAGAAGGGAGCAGGGAGAAGCCAACAGCGGGCAGCACACCUGCAGCGAGGGAAAAGCAAGAGAUCACAAAGAAACCCAGCGUGGGGAAGAAGCCAGGGUGUGAGGGGAAGGGAGGGGCGGGGGAAAAGCCAAAGAUAACGCCAGGAGCAAUGGCAAAACCGGGGAGUGGGGGUGGGGGGAAAUUGGAGAGUGGAGGGAAAACUGAGAGUGGGAAAAAGCCAGGGACUGGGGGAAAGCCAGAGGGUGGAGAGAAACCCGUGCUGGGGGAGAAGCCGGAGGUGGGGGGAAAACCAGAGGCUGGGGGGAAACAGGAGAGUGGGGAGAAACCUGAGUCGGGAGAGAAACCGAAGUCUGAGCAUGGAGACGGUGAGAAGGGUGAUGACAGUGAUGACGAUGAUGAUGAUGAUGACAGUGAUGACGAUGUUGAUGAGAAAAAAGAGGAUGAGGAUGAUGAGGACGAUGACCAUGAUUAUUACUAUGGCUACAAUGAUGAUGAGGGCUAUGAUGAUGGCAAUAAUGGUGGUGGUAACGAUGGCAGUGAUGACUAUGGUGGAAAUGAUGAGAAUGACUAUGGAGAUGACGGUGGAUACGGUGACAGUGAUGACUGAAGAUUACAGUGGUGAAGAUGGCAGCGAUGCUGGCAGCAGCUGCCACAGUGAUGCUCGGUGACCAGCACUGCAGGAUGUGUGCAGGGCACAAGGUGCGAGGACAGCCCAGGGCAGGGGGCACACGGAGCUGCCCCCAACCUCCCUUCACCUCAUUCUGCCAGGGCCAGUCCUGAACACCAGCGCUGUUUUGGGCAGGACCUUCUAUUUCCUAAUAAAUCCCACAAU